AUGGCACGUAGAUUUAGGCGCCUACAUCGGAUGAGAGAAGAAGUGGUAAAGAUAACAAGGCGACUGUUUCGUUUCUGCUGUAUUUGCGGAACUGUGGAAGAGGAAGUAAAGACAGACAUCGUCCCGGUGAGAAAAGUUUUCUCGGGAAACCUUGGCAAAGCGGAGUUUUCCGCUCCUGGAUGUGAACACGACAAGACCUCUGGUGAUGAGUUAGAGACGACAACCGACAAAGACACAAGUACAUGUAGCGGAGUUAGUCAUGAACAAUCAGAGACGACAGCCGACAAUGGCAUGGGUAGCAGAGUUAGCGGUGAGCAAUCAGACAAGACAGCCGACAAUGGUAUGAGUAGCAGCGUUAGUGGUGAGCAAUCAGAGACUAGAACUGACAAUGGCGUGGCCAGUAAAGUGGGCGGUGAGCAGCCACAGCCUACCGCCGACAAAGGCGAGACCAGCAAAGUGACCGCUGAGAAAUUCUGCUCCGAAGAUGUUGGACCAAAAACCUUCAAUUCUGCGCCCUCUUCGGACUUAAGUCUGUCUGAUUUUCCUGUCGUAGGUGGUCCGAGAAACAGCUUGGGAUCAGAAGAGGCCAAACAGUGUGAAUACCAGAUAGAAUAUUACAAUGACGAUGUCUGGCCCACACAGUAUCUUGUGUCGGGAUGGAAGGCACACAGGAUUCUGUCCUCGGGAACUUUUGGAAUUGUAAAACUUGUCUCUUUCUCGGAUCCUCCCGAAACAUUUGUCCUAGAAGUACGCCUGGCGCAGGAGAGCGAAAGGGAGGUAACCGCGUUGGCUCAUUGCCAGAGUCGCUUUGUCGCCGAGCUCUGCGCCUCUGUCGUUCACUCACAGAAGCGCCUGAUGUUCUUGAGGAACUACCAACAUGGCGACUUGGCUCGCUGGAUGGCGAGAGACAAAAACAGGACUGUCUUCAACGAGGGCAUCGCCGUAUGGACAGCAGCCAACCUGUAUGCCGGAGUAGACUACCUUCAUAGAAAAGGCAUCAUGCAUUUGAAUAUCACACCGGGUAAUGUUCUGAUAGACGUUUACGGCUACCCGAUUCUCGGUGGUUUCCGGAAUGCCAGAAAGUUGGAUGACAGCGCCGAGCGCUUGCAGAAGCACGAGUUGAAUAUAGCUUAUGCCUCCCCAGAAAUGUUAGGAAUACGUCCACCCGACAAGAUGGCCGACCUUUGGGCAGUCGCCUGCUGUUUGUAUGAGAUCAUCAAAGGGCGGUCACCGUUCCUUGGACGAACCAACGCCGAGACAGAAAUGAGAGUCUUUCUGGGAUGUGUCAGAGAUAUGUAUGGCCUGUCGUAUGCGGCAUUCAAAUUCAUCUCGAGUGAACUCCACUUGCAUCGGAGUCGUCGGUUUGGAUUCCACGGCGGCAUCACCUGCAUUAUGCGUCAGCGCCUGUUUCGCCAUAUUGACUGGUCAGAAUUCCAGUCGGAAAGAAGACCAGGAGAAUCCCCACUGCUCGCCAUUUUACCUUGUUUACCGGAACUGAAGCGUCCUUCUACUAAACAUAGAGAGCCGUCCAAAAUCUUAGCAGCUUUGCAAAACGAAAUUUCAUCCUCUGAGGAAAGUGACAGGGGUCGCAGAAAAGUGCCACCUAGGAAGCAACGCAGAAGGAGGCGCCCGAAAAGAGAGAGAACCAGACGACGCGGAGGACGCGUUGUUAACAAAAAUGGAUAUCUUGCCAGUGACGAGGAUAGUGGUGAAGACGACUAA